GAAGUCAGCCAUCACUCGCAAAUACUAGCACAUCUGCAAUGCCGUCGGAUCCUUUGUAUUGCCUCCAGCUUUCGACAUAAAGGUUCAACAUCCUUUUGUUCGUGAGAUGGGCUCAAGGGACCAGCUGACGCCCAGACGUUUCGGCAACGCUAGGCAGCCUUGCUUUGUCCCAAUCCGAGACGCGCUGCGCCACGGCGCCAGGGAACAAGGCAAUGACUGAGACGUCAGCAUGCUUUGUGCUCGAGGGCAUCGUGACGAGACGAUACGAUCAAAGACAUAUGAUCAAGCCCAAUAGAUCCUUCUUGAACAUCAUACUACACCAGACAGCAACGAGACUCUCUCAGCCUCCUUACCACUUCUCAUCAUCGACCGGCAGGCCCGCAUCACCACUUUUCUCUGCCCUUUGACAAGCCCCAGGGCCAUCUCAGCAACAUCGUCGCGAUGCUUGACCCGACCGCGUCCAAGCCAUCUCGUCGUCCUUGGCUUCCACUCUUGCAGCCUCUUAUACUCCUCAGCUGCUUCUUUCUCACACUCAUCGUAUUCUCUUGCCCAGACCCGCUUAGCCCCAGUAGUGGGAUAACGCUCUUGACUGUGCGACCGUACAAUAUCUCAGCAGCAGCCGCUAGCUCCUCCGACCUGGACGGCUCAGGUAACAAGACUUCGUCGGCUGGUUCGACGAUCACCUUCGGUGGCGCAAACGCUACGGCCACGACUCUGCCCGCGAAUGCGACGGAGCCUACAGCUCUUGCCACCUCGUCUUCCAGCGAGAACAGUGUCACAGCUUCAGCGGCCUCGACACCUACCGUGGACCCUUCAUCUGCAAACAAUCGCACCCUCGCAGCGCAGACAUCCAUCGCUGCUCCGGCACAGGCCGCAAGCACUCAACCGCAAGGUCAAACAGCAGACAAGAGAUCUUCUCAUGUCAAUGAACCGCGAGCUGAGAUUCAGCCGCUGAUGUCCAACUCCACCACCUCACGCGGCCCGACCCUAGUCAGCUUUGAACGAGUGCCCGAAUCCAACGGCACCAACGAAAGCAACUCCCCCCUUGCCUCACCUUUCACUCCUAGCACUCCCCUCCUCACAGGCGAGGCUCUGUCUUUAAUCGAGCUCAAGAUCUCCCCUCUCGGAUCAUGUUUCCGCACCUGGUCUGGCGCAAGAAGCUGCACGCCCGCCUCCCUCCGGCCUACGUACGAUUCCAGCCACCUGACGAUGAAGGCGCUCGGAGGGUACGAUACGAAGGGCUUGCCCAGCACGAUCAAGACGACCCCAAUCCUCCUCGUGGUAGUGGUCAGUCUACUUGGUUCGCUCUCUCUAUCCUCGACCUUGGGUGCAUCGCUCCGUGUCUGGCCAGGCGCCACCUUCGGCCAGCCGCUCCUUCAAGGCGGUGCAGCUCAGCGUGCGUGGGCAAGUACGCAACGCGUAGCCCUCUGGCUGCGUUUGGGGGUGGCCCUCCUUCUCCUCGGUACUGCAGUCAGCAUGCGCCUCGUAGUCAGCAAAGCCGCCUACGCAUUCAAUGCCUCGAAUGCAGCGCGCACCCUCAACACGGCCUACCUCACACCGGAAGCGAUGGCCCUCCCUGGCGCUGGUCAACAGGUGGGCCUCCAGGCUGUGACGGGUCGAGCUUUUGGUUUGCUAUGGGCUAGCGUGGUACUGCUGCUUGCGGAGUUCUGGUGGGAGAGAAGGAGGCUGAGGAUGGAACAGGCCAUCGCCGUUGCGAGAGCGGAUCUCGAGGCUGCUUGGGGUCGAGAUGCGGCUGUUGCGAUGAACAAUCUUGGCCGAGACGACGUGAAGCGGCAGAAGAGUACGAAGAUCGUCAAUAUGCCACCCAAGCAGGACGAAGAGACUUGGUCUGACGACGGCUACGAGCAAAGCUCUGAGGCAGCCAAGCAGCAGCAACCGGGCUUCUUCUGGCCCGCCACCACGACUCCCCACGCGCCACCUUACGUGGCGCGUAAGGCCGUGCCGAGCUACAAGGGCGGGCUUGCGCCUGUGCUGGGCCCGCUCUUCAAACCUGCUCCCGCAGCCGCUCGCGCCAUGGAUCUCAAAUUGCGAGGAGCUACCGCUGCUGAUGGGCAAGGAGGAGGUGCAGUCUACUACAUCCAGGGCAAUGCCCCUUGUGCUGCUCCUGCGCAACGUGUAGUGACGCGUACGAUCGAGAAGGGGCAAAAUCACCAUUACCAUAACUAUCAACAACUCCAGCCGCAGCUCGCACCAACGCUCUCGCGCAAGGACUCCUACUCUUCUUCCUCGUACGCCGCCCCAUCUCUUGUGGGCUCGACUCGCAGCUGCCACCCCUACCAGCCGGCCUACCCACCUCAGCAGCAACAACACCUCCACCCCUCAGCAGCAGCAGGCAUCAUGCCUUACGAAAGCACGGCGAGCGGGCUCUCUACGCCACCUUGGGCCAGCACCUCCGGUCACUCACAGCAGCAGCAACAGCGUGGCCCUCAUCCUCUUGUCUAUCACGCUGCCGCGGCAAGCAGUGACGCCCUCCCUGCGUACGUAGCUGAGCCCCAGCCGGGAGCGCCUUUUGGACAGUACCAUCGCCACGGGAAGACAGAUGGCGACUACGAUGAGGACGCAGAAAGGUGGCACCGUAAGCUUCGAGCCGCGGGUAUCGAGCAUCCGCUCGCACGAGCGGCCAGUGUUGACUCGCCCCGCGGCCUUGCCUUUACGGUGAAGCCAAUCGGCAGGGCAGAGCAGUAUCAUCACCAAGGCGACGAGCAUCCGAUUCAGCGCAGUAACAGCCUCACGGGCCUCGCAGAUGGCACGACUCGUCGUGAGGGUGCCGCGUUUCCCAGCUGGAAGACGCACGAGGCUUUCGAGCUUCAGGCUGCCCCUGCUCCCAGGACUCAGCAGCAGAGGGGCCGACACGGGAGGAGCAACUCUGUCUCAUCGGCUAACUCAAUGGGAAUGCGAUCCGUCGCGGGUAUGGGGAUUGGGUUGCGAUAUGUGCGCUCUUGAUGAGAGUAGGCGGGAAGAAGAGAUAGGAGAGGGGGAAGGGUGAGACUCACGGACUUACUUUAUUCUUGCGCGAAUUGUCAGUCAAGUCAAUACAUGCUCUGGUCUCACUCUGACAUCUCAAUCGUGCCCCACAUCGCCAUCGAUGUUCCCAGAGCUUGCUGAAUCUCGAAAAGCGUUCGUUUCACUGUGAAGGCGUGAGCCGGACAUGCAGCACUGCUACCAUACUUCAUCUCCGAGCUGCGGCCUACUGCCCCUUGGACUUGCCCAUGACUCUUCCCACGAGAUCCUGCACCACCUUAGCCCCGCCAUUCUGCCACCACAGGCUUCCAUUCAAGUACGUAGCGUACGUGCUCCAAAUCGCAUACGGCAAGUUGAGCCAGAGGACUCGCUCAUCGACAUGACGGGCCGUGUCCAGCCACACGAAGAUGGUGGAGGUUAAAGCCGUGAUAUCGAGCAGGGCGAAGCCGAGCGAUCCGAAGCCGAAGU